AUGCUCAUGCUGACGCAGCAUGAGUUUGCACCAACCCACUCAUGCAACCCGGGUGUCCAGGAGCGCCUGCAUUUCGGGACACACCAACACCCCACAGCUGCAUCCCCACACCUCACCGCAACCUCUGAUGUGGCAGUCACGCUUCCUUUGAACCAACAUCCUGGUGGACCCACCAUGGCCCCUGUUUGGCUCUGUGACCAUACAGUGGCCUGA